AUGGGCUCCCUUCCUACCGUUCCUCCUUUCAAGGUGUUCGUCGCCGGCACCUCGUACGCGGGCAUGUCCACCGCCCUCAACCUGCUUGAUCUCAGCAAGGGCGAGUCGCCGCGUCUCGCUCACUCUCCCUACGAGCACCACCCCGACUUCAAGAACGUCCCCGUCGAGAUCACCAUCGCCGAUGAGCGUGACGGCUUCUUCCACCUGAUCGGCUCGCCGCUCGCCUUCGCCGACCCCGCGUACGCCGCCAAGUCCUGGGUCAAGUUCCAAGAUAUUCCCGCCCUCCAGCGCCCCAACGUCCGCUUUAUCCAGGGCAGCGUCAGCAAGGUCGACCCGGCCACCAAGACGGCGACGGUCCUCGACCACGUCACCAAGCAGCCCCAGGACCACUCCUACGACUUCUUCAUCGGCGCCACCGGCCUCCGCCGCGCGUUCCCCGUGGUGCCCCAGUCCCUCACCCGCAAGCAGUUCCUGCUCGAGGCCGAGGAGCAGAUCCACGCCGUCCGCAACGCCCCCGACGGCGUCGUGAUCGUCGGCGGUGGCGCCGUCGGUAUCGAGAUGGCCGCGGAGCUCAAACUCAUCGAGCCCAGCACAAAGGUCACCCUCGUCCACUCCCGCGACAAGCUCCUCUCCUCCGAGGGCCUGUCCGACGAGUGCAAGGACAAGGCCCUCGAGCUCACCCGCGAGGCCGGCGUCGAGUGCCUCAUGAGCACCCGCGUCAAGGAGACGCGCAAGCUCGAGCCCGCCACCCCCAACGGCCGCGCCCGCUACGAGGUCGAGUUCACCAACGGCGACAAGCUCGUCGCCAGCGAGGUCGUCAUGGCCAUCUCCCGCCAGGUCCCCUCCACCGACUACGUCCCCGCCGCCGCCAAGGACGACGAGGGCUACGUCAACAUCCACCCCAACCUCAUCUUCUCCUCCGACAUCCCCAACGCCGCCGACCACGUCGCCGUCGGCGACAUCGCCAAGUGGUCCGGCAUCAAGCGCUGCGGCACCGCCAUGCACCACGGCCACAUGGCCGCCAUCAACGUCCACCAGCUCAUGCUCGCCAAGCUGACCGACGGCACCCACAAGCCCAAGUUCUUCGAGCUCGGCCACGUCGACCCCAUGAUCGGCCUCGCCAUCGGCAAGAAGGCCGUCGCCAGCAGCCCGACCUCGGGAACCCAGUGGGGCGAGGACGUCAUGCACUCCUACUUCCGCGACGACCUCGGCUUUGACAUCUGCUGGAACCACAUGAAGCUUGGAAAGGCUGACAACUGA